AUGUCUACCGAGCAAACCUUUAUUGCUGUGAAGCCCGACGGCGUCCAACGGGGUCUUGUUGGCGACAUCAUCUGCCGUUUCGAAAAGCGAGGAUACAAAUUGGUGGCCCUGAAGAUGGUCUCUCCCUCCAAGGAGCAUCUUGAGCAGCACUAUGCAGACCUUUCGGAGAAGCCAUUUUUCAAAGGACUCGUCACCUACAUGUUGAGUGGUCCAAUCGUUGCCAUGGUUUGGGAAGGACGUGAUGCGUGCAAGACCGGUCGUUCUAUCCUCGGUGCCACGAACCCACUUGCCUCUGCCCCCGGUACCAUCCGCGGUGACUAUGCCAUUGAUGUUGGUCGCAAUGUCUGCCACGGCUCCGAUGGUGUUGAGAGUGCAAAGAAGGAGAUUGCUCUGUGGUUCAAGCCAGAAGAGAUUCAGAGCUGGAAGUCCGCCCAAUUCGACUGGAUCUACGAGAAGCCAUAA